AUAAUUUUAUUCGCUUAUUGAUUUACUUUGAACUCGUGUUUGCAAACUUCUGACGCGAGAAUAACAGUUAGGAGAUCAGCUGUAAAUAUUUUAUUCCUCCUUAGAUCUUCAUUUUGCAGUCAGAGUUAGUGCAAAGUGAUUCCAGUUGGCUGAUUAAAUGAUAAAAACGUGCAAUGUUUUUGUUUAUACUUAGCUUUCUACUUGCAUUCAGAUAUAAUUGUGAAGCGCAGAAUAAUGCUGGGCUUGAUAAUGUGACUCAUAGAAACUUUAUUUAUAAUACGUAUGAAUAUGAUAAAAUAAUAAGUGUGACAGUAAACGAAACUACAAUACAGACACUUGACUUUACUGAGGAGUCCAAUAAAUGGCGUGGUUACCCUAGUCGCGUUCAUGCAGCAUUAAAUGACACUCUUGAUGGGGAAUACCCUGUCUUCAUAACAGCUACACAACAAAAGGGAGUUUCAUCAUGGGAACUACCACUAGUGGUGGCAACAUCAAAUGCGGUGUUGCAAUUCGAUGACAUGGCGAGAACUUUAUGCCCACAUGAUGCUGGUUCUAAUAUAACAUCAGAGAAUCGUCCAAUGAUACAAAUAACGACAGCAAAUCCUCACAACACCUCUGUUAAUAUAAAACUACGAAGGGUUACGGAUUUCUACGUCGAAUUAGACAAGGAGGUACCAUUAAAUGUGACGCCGAGUACACCGAAAUAUUAUUAUUUCUCAUUUGAUAAGGAUCCACUGAAUAAUAGUCAUAUUGAUAAAUCUAUCUUACCAAGGUUUAAUUACACGAUACCGAAGAGCGUGAUGUUGAUGAUUGAAUCUGACGACACAGUAUGUGCUGUAGUCUCCAUACAGAACAACUCGUGCCCAGUAUUUGACAAUGAAAAGGACAUGCUUUAUCAAGGAUACCAUUUGACUAUGAUGACUAAAGGUGGCAUCAUUAUUACUCAAUCAAUGUUCCCAGUGGGUUUCUACAUAGUGUUUAUAGUUAAGGAAAAUAAUGCCGAAUGCACUGGCAUCGGUACAGAUACUGUUUCGAGCUUUCAAGAUUGGAUAGUUGAUGGUCGGGUGAAGAAUUUUAGAUUCCGCGUGGUUCCUGCGUUGACGUACACAGAGUAUAUUUCAGGCGUGUUAGCCGCAUUUGCACUAGUGCUUAUUGUUGCCAUAUUCGCUCCACUUUUGACUCUGUUAAGGUGUAACUUUACUGAAGAAAUAACAGUUAUAGAAGAUGAGCCGGGACCGUCGUCUUCAGUGAAUGCUGCGUCUAGCGAGACACAGCCCAUAGCUCACAUUGAUGACUCAGAUUCCGAAGUAGAUUUGGAAGCGGAAAAGGAGCCAAUGCCUCAGGAGAUAGUGCUCAGCCCUCCGCUGACACUGGCGGGGCUCAGCAGGGCGAAGCCCGGCGCACACAGCAGGCGUUCUGAUAGGUACUUUUGGAGUGCUCUCACUGUGGCUGUGGUGUACGCUUUGCCAGUUGUUCAACUAUUAUCUACUUAUCAACGUAUGGUGUUCCAAACUGGUAACCAAGACCUAUGUUACUACAACUUCCUGUGCGCUCACCCGCUGGGCUUCCUGUCGGACUUCAACCACGUGUACAGCAACGUGGGCUACGUGCUGCUGGGUCUGGUCUUCAUGGCACAGACCUGGUGGCGGCAGAUCAGAGCCGCCAAUCAUCCUAAGAAUCUCGGUAUUCCUCAACAUCACGGUCUAUUCUACUCGAUGGGUUUGGCGCUGACUAUGGAAGGUCUGCUCUCGGCCUGCUAUCAUCUAUGUCCUAAUAAAAUGAACUUCCAAUUUGACUCGUCGUUCAUGUAUGUGAUAGCUGUACUUGUGAUGGUCAAGUUGUAUCAGAACAGGCAUCCUGAUGUGAACGCGAGCGCACACUCAACAUUCAUGCUGAUCGCAGUCGCUAUGUUUAUUGGUUAUUUUGGUAUCACAUAUCCGAGCGUUGCGUUUUGGAUUGUCUUCACAAUUCUACACCUCUACGUAUGCUUCGUACUUACUAUGAAGAUAUACUACGUCGGUCGCUUCAGAAUGGAGUGUUUGAUAUUAAAACGCGCGUGGGUGUCACUGCGCACUCACGGCCGGCGCACCUUCCUGCCCAGUUACACAGCGCGAGCGCUGCUCCUCGCCGUCGCAAACGUCGCUAACUGGGCACUCGCUGCUUACGGUAUGUAUUCACACAACAAGGACUUCGCGCGCCACCUCCUGGCGAUCCUGAUGGGUAACGCGAUCUUGUACAUGCUGAGUUAUGUGCUGAUGAAGUUGGUACAUCGCGAGCUCAUCCCCGCCUACGUGUGGGUACAACUUGCCCUCGCACACGCCGCCUGGGUACUGGCAUUGCUGCUCUUCCUUGAUUCCCGCACCAAGUGGUCGGAAACACCGGCUCAAUCUCGUCAACACAACGCAGCGUGUACUGCGCUGAGACUCCUCGAUACGCACGAUCUGUGGCAUCUUGCCUCCGCAGCUGCCAUGUUCUUAUCCUUCAACGCACUACUGGCUAUAGAUGACCCGCUAGUUAACACCCCACGACAUCUCAUACCUGUAUUCUAAUGUUUUGACAUCUCUAAUUAUCACAUUAAUUAUUUGUUUCUGAGACCAAAAUAUCCGUAUAAAACAUAUUGUUAUUUCUGUUUUGUCAAAGAUGAUGAUGGUAUGUUUUGUACAAGGAUUCUGGUCUCGGAAACCAACCAUAAUUAAAUCACGACUAAACUAACGUAUAAUUCGGUGUACAUAUAUGUAUACUUGAGUAUGUUUAUUUCCUACCCAUUUGUUUUUGCCAAAUGUCUUGCCACGAAUGCAUGUCUGACCUGAUUAAAAAUAGUAGGGGAGCCCAAGCGGGGAUUUCGGGAUUUCCUAAAGCACGGCAGAUUAAUAUACAGGGGGAUACCUUGUACCCGGUUAAGUACCUCCACAAAACAUGGGGCCCAUGUAUAAGGCCGAACCGUUUUUCUAAUUUUUUUUUUGUCAAAUCAGGCGAAUCCCUCUACAUAAUCGUCAGAUUAUGAGACAGUACGUUUAGAACAUAAAGAUAAACCAUAUAGAUCUUAAUCUGACGCGCUUGAGUAUUUCAAAAUGGCGAAUUUUUUUGCACAUUAUAAAAAUGACCGCGAGUUUGCGUCCCAUCGAAAUCGUCAGAUUAGUGAAUGAGAGCUUUUUUUGGUGCACUUAACACUCCCUUAGAAAAUCUGACGCGCUCGAUAAAAAUUUUUUUUUUUUACAUUUUUAAAAAUCUAUAGCCGCUUCCCCCACUGAUGUAAAGGUAUAUAUCAUAUAACAUUUUUUUCUUCUUAUCAUCUAAGCUUUGCAUCCCAAUAGGUCUCUACGAUGCUCGAGUAAAUCCCCAUUUAGCCUCGUGGGCUCCCCUACUAAAACCUUAGGAAGCGCCCUCAGACUAGAAUUUUUAUGUUCUUGGUUAGACUAUAAGUCGAUACUAAAAAUACCAAUAUGGAAAUAUGCUAAUUUUUUCCAUCGACUGUAUGCUAUACGAUAA